CGUCCCUCAGUCUCCUCUGUAAGGUACUGAAGUAUUGCUCACGGUUCUCCCUAAGGACGGUGGGGGAAAGUACAAGAUUCAAAGGCCCCACGGUGUCUAGCGCCUCCACGCAGAGUCUGGAGGAAAGAGUAUUUAUUUUCUUUCUUGAGACCGACUACGGGAGCCCGCGAGAUCCAGAAUCUACUCGCGCGGAAGACCAGACGGGAUACAAGAUACGCGAUUGGAGCGAUCUGAGGAACGUCACUUCCGGAAGUACUAAUGGGGCCGCAAACAUGGAUCCGUCAGUCCGCAAGGAUCCGGGUCGAGUGCGGCGGCGGCCCGGGGUUGGGGUCGGGGUGGUGAUCACGAGCUCCAGGCACCCACAGUGCGUUCUGCUGGGGAAAAGGAAAGGGUCCCUUGGAGCCGGCACUUUUCAGCUUCCCGGGGGUCAUUUGGAAUUCGGUGAAAGUUGGGAAGAAUGUGCUGAGAGGGAAACCUUGGAAGAAACUGCUCUUCACCUGACCAAUGUUCGCUUUGCUUCUGUUGUCAAUUCUGUCAGUGAGAAAGACGAUUACCAUUAUGUCACUAUAUUGAUGAAAGGAGAGGUAGAUAUAACUUAUGAUUCAGAACCAAAGAAUGUAGAACCUGAAAAAAAUGAAGGUUGGGAAUGGGUUCCAUGGGAUGAUUUCCCUCCACUAGACCAGCUUUUCUGGGCUUUGCGCUGUUUAAAGGAACAAGGCUACAAUCCUUUUAAGGAAGAAUUGAAUCAUCUAGUAGGCUACAGAGGAAAGCAUCAAUAGAAUGCUUGCACAUCAAUUAAGUUGUUGUAGGUUGUACAAAAAACUUCCCAUGUUCUAGAAAACAGUAGAGCUUCCACAAUAAAAGUUAAGGUUAUUUAUUCUGGUAGCAAAGUAAGCAAGGGAGGCUAUAUGAAAGUAAACUUGGCCUCAGAGCAGGGAAGACUUGGGCUCAACCAUUUUCAAGGUAGUAGCUAUUUGCUACUUUGUGAGUAUAAACCUUACUUUAGAAAUAGAGAAUCAAACUCCUAUGAGGGAGCUAUUCCACAUCCUUUUCCCACAGCUAUGCAGUCAGGAUCUUCUCUGUUACUGUAGUUUUAGAGAACUGCCUAAAGCUAUGAGAAAUCAGGAACUAUUUGUUAGAAAUUGUACUUGAAUCCAGGUCUCAAUCUGUAAAAUGAGAGGAUUCAAUUAAAUAAACGUAUCAUCCAUUCCUGCUUUGGGUCUAUGGUUCUGUGAUCUUAUUCUUGGAAAACAGCUACUCCACUAAGUAGUAUACAGAGAACUCCUUUCUGUGGAUAUUGCUUCUGCAGUUUUAAAACAGCAACAGGGUUUUGUGAUUGUGAGAAUAGCAGUUCCUACAUGAGACAGGUUAUGAACCAUAGAUAAAAAUGGACCUUGUUUUCCAAAUGAGCUUUGAGUCUUUAACUAGAGAUGAACCAGCAAAAAACCAAUGAUCUUGGAUUUUUCUGUUCUUUUUAGUUUAUGAAAAAAUAGCAUUUUAAAAAAUGAUUGCACAUGAAACUGAAAACCUGUUUUAUGCAAUUUGCCAUUCCUUUUAAAUAUGUAAUAUAAAAUUACUAUGUAAAUUUCUUUUCCUUCCCAACCUAGAGUAUAUAAAAUCAUUCCACACAAACUUCUUAUCAGUUCUUUGGAUGCAAAUAGCAUCUUCCUUUAUAUGUCCUCUGCAGGAUUAUAAAGAAGGGAAAGGGACCUGUAUGUGCACGAAUG